GUUUCGUGAGAGUUUCGAGGCUGUAUCAAAAAAUAAGAGAGAGAGAGUUUUGAUGGGGUUAUAUUCUCCAACAGACACAAACGUUUAACACCUACAGGUCCGUUUUUAAGUACAUAUUUUUUUACCAAAAACAAACUACUUAUCUUUCCGAGGGAGUCCCUUGUGAUCGAUCACAUUGGUGCUGCUCAGUAGAGUGUGUGACAUGGAUUCCUCCCUUCAUCUCCAUUUUUAGGGUUUAUGUUUCGUUCGAAUUUCUUCAUCACAGUGAACAGGGACAACAUAUUACUAUGGAAGUUAAACAAUCCACAGUCUCAGAGGGUUCAAUUCCACCGUAUAACGAACACGACGCCUGCGCCAAAAUAGAUAAAUCCGUGAACGAACUCAACGACCUUUCAAUUUCUAUUCAAGCUUUCAAAAAUAGGUACGAUGAACUUCAGAAGCAUCUCGAUUUCAUCCAACAAUCCAUUGACACCAGAACCAAGGAACUCGAAGCCCUAGCCACCACCACCACCGUGCAAACAGCCACCGAUAACGGGGACAUUGUUCCAUCGGAACCGGAAUCAAAAUCAAAGGCCGAAGGCGAAAGAGAACAACAACAACAACAACAAGAACCAGAAGAAGAAGAAGAUCCAGAAGAAGAACCAGAAGAGGAAGAAGAAGAUCCAGAAGAACCAGAAGUAGAAGAAAAAAAACCAGAAGAAGAAGAAGAUGAACUUCUCUCGCUUUGCAAAACGAUGAAUAGCCGUGGUUUGCGAAGAUAUAUACUAACGCAUCUAUCCGAAACGACGUCGCUUAAGGAACAAAUCCCCGUGGCUCUGAAAACUGCACCGCAACCGUCGAAAUUAGUGUUAGAAUGUAUUGGUAGAUUUUACCUUCAAGGAAGCAAAGCCUAUACCACAGGCUCGCCAAUGAUUACUGCAAGGCUAGCUUCGGUUCUAACUUUGGAAUACUAUCUAAUAUCUGGUUGCGUUGAAAACGAAGCACAGAUGACACGUUCACUGAAGAAAGACGCUGCAACUGCAGCAGUUUCGUGGAGGAAGAGACUCAUUAUGGAAGGUGGUGUGGGCACUGCUAGUGAAAUGGAUGCAAGGGGUUUGGUUCUUUUUCUUGCGUCUUUUGGGGUUCCUGGUAUUUUUAGGAACGAUGAUAUAGUGCGGUUAAUUCGUUUGAGUAAACCCAGUGAAAUUUCGCACGCCCUUCGCCAUUCUAAUGCACUUUGUAGCAGGGUUUCAGAUAUUGCAGAGGGAAUGAUGAAAAAGGGGAUGGUUGUUGAAGCCGUUGACUUGGCUUAUACCUUUGGGUUUGAAGAGAAAUUUACUCCCCAGGAAGUACUGGCUUCAUUUCUACACAAGUCUAAUGAAGCUUGGAAAAAAGCCAAACAAGAAGCUCGUAAUGUUCCUAAUUUACUGAAGAAAGGAAAUGAAAAGUACUUGAUUGCUUUGAAAUCUGUAGUCGACUGUUUGGAAGGCCACAAGGUUGACUUUGCAAAACUUCUUCCUGAGUGGCGACUUAAGGAUACAAUCUUCGAAUUGGAGAGAGAUAUUGGUCACGAUAUCACUAAAAAGAUUGAAGAUGGUUUAGUGUCCAAGAGAAAAUUGGAUAAAAGCAAUAGCUCAAAGAAAGUGAAGGUUCCAGAUACCAAACGAACAAGGUUCACAGCAAGAGAUCCUAUUGUUGUAUCACCAUCAGUCACCACCUUGCAAGGGCAAAGGAUUUCUAGUCAUAUGAAUGGCAAUAGCUCAUAUGAUGGUUCAGUAACCGCACAUUAUCUGGAGGGUAGAUCCUAUGGCUACCCAAAUAAUUAUUCGUCUCCAGCAUCCGCACAGAUUGGACCUGUUUCUGGGUCUUUGCCUGAAGGUUUUCUCGGAAGGGGAGUAUCAAGUGGGGGUAGCAUGAUAGGAGGAGCCAUAGCUGGUUCACUUUCUGGGUAUCAGAGUGAUAUGCCAAUAAACAAUGUCAGGACAACACUGGAUAGCAACAGCUCUCUGUACAGUAGAUUGCGUAGAAUAGAUGAAGGGGCAUUAUCUUAUAAUAGAUCAAUCGAGCAGAGUUUUGUAGGACAACCUUCAUCAGCACGAGUAAAUCAUUUGUAUGGGAGAACAUCUGCAGAAGGUUAUGCAGUUUUGCCGGAUCAUCGCUCAAUUGGUGUUCCUAGUCGCAGUGGAGGUUCUGAUUUGUAUAGCUUUGCAGAUACUGUAUUCGAUGUGUAGUCAUUCCAGGGCAGCAAUUAUUCUCCAGUUAUUUAUUUUUGUAUUUUGAUAAACUGGAAGCAAACACCAUCCCGUACAAUAUUCAACUUGGAUUUUUUUGCUUUGAUAUUUUCAGGAAUAGCCAUAGGAUUGACACAUGCAGAUGAUGACUAACUUGGUCAACAGUUUUCUGCUCCUAAUCAGUUUAAUUAAUAGCAUCUCCAAUGCAAGGAGAGUUAAGAACCAUUUUAAUGUUAUAAAGUUGCUUUUUGUGGACUCACUAUUGUCACAGGAUUUAAGAACACUAAUUUUCACACCAGUGUAUUUUCCCUUCUA